ACUCCUACCUCACCGCCCCAUUUCUCUCCUCUCCUCUUUUCUCUUCCAUUUCCAUUCUCCUUCUUUCUCUCCCCAAAAAAUAUAUAAUUAAUUUUAUUUUAUUUCUUGAAAAUAAAAUGGUAUAUCCAAUUCCAAAAGCAACGGCAAUUUCCCCCUUAUUAACCUUACCGCCGCCUUCUUCGCAUUUCUCCUCCAAACCUAACGCCGCCGUUAAACUCAAACUCUCCGUUAAACCUUCUUUCAACAACACAUUAACAGCCUCCUCCUCAACACCGUCGCCAUCUCACGGCGUCACGGACAAGCUCAACGGCCUCGCCUCCGAAUUCUCGUCUCUCUCGGAACCAAUCGACCGAGUCAAACGCCUAUUGCACUACGCGUCUCUCUUGCCUCCGUUAGACCGGUCCGACCGGGUUCCGGAGAAUCGUGUAUCCGGUUGCUCGACGGAGAUUUGGGUGGUGGCGCGUAUGGAUUCAAGGAGGAAGAUGAGAUUUAAGGCGGAUAGCGAUUCGGAGAUUUCGAAGGGGUUCUGUUGGUGCUUGGUUUGGAUGCUGGACGGGGCGGAGCCGGAGGAAGUGCUUACGGUGGAGAAUGAUGAUUUGAUGAGAAUGAAUUUAGGGUUGAAUAAUGUUAAGUCGCGUUCGAGGAUUAACACGUGGCAUAACGUUUUCUUUGCCAUGCAGAAAGCUACUCAAGAUUUGAUUUAAAUUGGAGGGGGUUCAUUUCUUUCUCUGUUCUUGGAAAAAAAUGUAUUCAUAGUUUGAUGCAUUUGUAUGAUAAACUUGUGAUGUAGGCUAGUUAAUGAUAGGACAUAUUAUUAGCAAAACUCUGAUAGAAGUUAUAAUGUCUUUCAAAUACUACUUGUUAUUUUCUCCUUCGAAAUUAUAUAAUUAUUUACUGGUA